AUGGAUCAGAAAACUCUUGAAUCUCUUGGAUUUGAAGGAUCGCCUUCUUCUGUACAACAACAACAACAAUCGAUGAGAUUUGGGAUCGAGCAGCAACAGCAAGGGAAGAAGAAACGUGGUCGACCUAGGAAGUAUGCUCCUGAUGGAGGAACUGGAGGAGUAGGGUUUACACCACAUGUGAUUGAGGUGAAAACUGGAGAGGAUAUAGCUAUGAAGGUAAGGGCGUUUUCGUUGCAAGGACCAAGAGCGAUCUGUAUUCUCUCAGCUACAGGAGCUGUAUCUGGUGUGAUGCUUCGUCAAGCUACUAAUUCUAAUGGAGCUGUUAAACAUCAUGAGAUGUAA